AUGCGGCGAAGGACGCGUGGGGCGUUCUUGAAUCUUCUCCUCUUCAUUGGCGCUUUGUCCUUCAUCUUCUACCUGAACGGCACGGGCAGCGGUGGUGGUGGGAGUGGUAGUAGUCGACCAGCUGAAAACUCCUUUGCAUGGUCCACCAUCCGCUACCGGUCCACCUCCACUACCCUCCCCGAGGCUCGUGGCAUCUGUCCGAGCCUUGCAGCGGAUCAACAUGGCCACCGCGCCUCGAAACCAGCACUGGUCGUGGCCCGCGUCACCGCCGAUGGCGAUACCAAGUGGCUAGAUGCACUGAAAGACAAAUAUCAUUUAUGCGUAUACACUGCCGACAAGCCGCUCGACAAGAAGUCGACAUACCUGCAGGUGCCGGCCAACCGGGGCCAUGAGGCCAUGGCCUACCUCACGUUCCUCAUCGAUAACUACGCGCACCUGCCGGCGGCCGGGGCGGUCUUUAUCCACGGCUCGCGCUGGGCAUGGCACAACGACAUGCCCGACUACGACAACGCCGCCGCGCUGGCGGCACUCAACGUCUCAGCGGCGCUCGCGCCCACAGGCUACCACAACCUCCGCUGCGACUGGAGCGCCAGCACAUGCCCGACUUCUUCGACGUCCGAACAGGUUGUCGCCCAGGGCAGCCUGAGCAAUUCGAUCCGCGCCAUGCUCGAGCCGUGGAACCAGCGCGUGGUCUCUGACGCAGCCCUCCCGCAUGCCCUCGCGACCCUGUUCGGCGGCAACGACUACUCUUCUUCCGCUUCCAACGCUGCAAGGGUCCUGCUCGCCCGCAAUGACGCCGUCCGCUCUCAGUGUUGCGCGCAGUUUGUUGUUUCCCGCGAACGUAUCUGGCAGCAUUCUCGCGACGAGUAUGUCGCCCUGCGCCAGUGGCUGUUGGACGGCAGUGAUGCCGACACGGAAGGUGGUGGUGAAGGAGGAAGCCACCCAGCCUCCAACAACAUUGGAGCCGCAGCGCCUGCCGACGACCGCAUCGCAGGCCGCAUCCUGUCGUAUCUGUGGCACAUCCUGUUCAUACGCCCAUGCAAUGACUCGGCUGAAGGUUCAUCAUGCGCUGGUGAUGAUGGCCUCCUUGACCUCGACCGACUCAACACUCUGGCCUGUCCAUCCGCCGCCGAGUGUUACUGUCGCUUGUACGGCCGUUGUAAUCUGCAAGGCUGCACCUCUCCUGGCAGUUGCCAAGGCCAGUACAUGGUGCCGCCUCACUUUCGGCUGCCAGACGACUGGGCGGCCACGCAUUUAUGA